CACUCGACAAUAUGUCUGGACGCGGCAAAGGUGGCAAGGGUCUCGGCAAGGGCGGAGCCAAGCGUCACCGCAAGAUCUUACGUGACAACAUCCAGGGUAUCACCAAGCCCGCUAUCCGCCGUCUCGCUCGCCGUGGUGGUGUCAAGCGUAUCUCCGCCAUGAUCUACGAAGAAACCCGUGGUGUCCUCAAGACCUUCCUCGAAUCCGUUAUCCGUGACGCCGUCACCUACACCGAACACGCCAAGCGUAAGACCGUCACCUCAUUGGAUGUGGUUUACGCUCUCAAGCGCCAGGGCCGUACCCUGUACGGUUUCGGUGGUUAAGCUGCUGUUUACCGAUUGAUAUUGUUUGCGUGCUUGGGUUUCGAUUUCGAUUUCGUGAUGGGUAUAUCUCGGGGUUUAUGGUUUAUACGGUUAACUGGGUCAUGGAGUAUCAAGGAUGCGGGUAUUUCUAAUGCGCUACGGAUUUAUCUACCUUUGUUUUACUGUCAGUGUGAAUAGCACUUGAUGGGUUCAGAAUUAGAGUGGAA